UUCCCUGCUUCCCCCUCCACUAACCCUCAGCUACCACCCAGAGCCUUCUAUUAGACAAUUGAGCGUGUGCCAGAGGGAGGGAUCAAAGGGUGGGGGGGGGGGUGGCGAAGCUUAAUCAUUGAACCAAGCAGGCUGGAGGUAUUUACUCCGCAGCACCUCGCUCCCCAGGAGGUCUGCCAGCCUGGACGGGAAGCGAGCAGCACUUCAGAGUCGUGGGAGUGAACCCUCCACAGGAAUCUCUGCCCAUCUCAGGAGAAACCAAACUUGAGGAAAAUGUUUGCAGUCCACCUGAUGGCAUUUUACUUCAGCAAGCUGAAGGAGGAUCAGAUCAAGAAGGUGGACAGGUUCCUGUAUCACAUGCGGCUCUCCGAUGACACGCUUUUGGACAUCAUGAGGCGGUUCCAGGCUGAGAUGGAGAAGGGCCUGGCAAAGGACACAAACCCCACGGCCGCAGUGAAGAUGCUGCCCACCUUCGUCAGGGCCAUUCCCGACGGCUCAGAAAAGGGGGAGUUCCUUUCCUUGGAUCUUGGAGGGUCCAAGUUUCGAGUGCUGAAGGUUCAAGUCGCUGAAGAGGGGAAGCGGCACGUGCAGAUGGAGAGUCAGUUCUACCCAACGCCCAGUGAAGUCAUCCGUGGGAAUGGCACAGAGCUGUUUGAAUAUGUAGCUGACUGUCUGGCAGAUUUCAUGAAGACCAAAGAUUUAAAGCAUAAGAAAUUGCCCCUUGGCUUAACUUUUUCUUUCCCCUGCCGACAGACGAAAUUGGAAGAGGGUGUCCUGAUUUCAUGGACAAAGAAGUUUAAAGCGAGAGGAGUUCAGGACACAGAUGUGGUGAGCCGUCUGACCAAAGCCAUGAGAAGACACAAGGACAUGGACGUGGACAUCCUGGCCCUGGUCAAUGACACCGUGGGGACCAUGAUGACCUGUGCCUAUGACGACCCCCACUGCGAAGUUGGUGUCAUCAUCGGAACGGGCACCAAUGCGUGUUACAUGGAGGACAUGAGCAACAUUGACCUAGUGGAGGGCGACGAGGGCAGGAUGUGCAUCAACACAGAGUGGGGGGCCUUCGGGGACGACGGGGCCCUGGAGGACAUUCGCACCGAGUUCGACAGGGAGCUGGACCUUGGCUCUCUCAACCCAGGAAAGCAACUGUUCGAGAAGAUGAUCAGUGGCCUGUACCUGGGGGAGCUUGUCAGGCUCAUCUUGCUGAAGAUGGCCAAGGCUGGCCUCCUGUUCGGCGGUGAGAAAUCCUCUGCUCUCCACACUAAGGGCAAGAUUGAAACACGGCACGUAGCUGCCAUGGAGAAGUAUAAAGAAGGCCUUGCCAAUACAAGAGAGAUCCUGGUGGAUCUGGGCCUGGAGCCGUCCGAGGCCGACUGCGUUGCCGUCCAGCAUGUCUGCACCAUAGUCUCCUUCCGCUCCGCCAACCUCUGUGCAGCAGCCCUGGCGGCCAUCCUGACGCGCCUCCAGGAGAACAAGAGGGUGGAACGGCUGCGGACCACGGUGGGCGUGGACGGCACCCUCUACAAGAUCCACCCUCAGUACCCAAAACGCCUGCAUAAGGUGGUGAGGAAGCUGGUCCCAAGCUGUGACGUCCGCUUCCUCCUGUCGGAGAGUGGCAGCACCAAGGGGGCCGCCAUGGUGACCGCAGUGGCCUCCCGCGUGCAGGCCCAGCGGAAGCAGAUUGACAAGGUGCUGGCUUUGUUCCGGCUGACUCGAGAGCAGCUCGUGGAUGUGCAGGCCAAGAUGCGGGCUGAGCUGGAGUAUGGGCUGAAGAAGAAGAGCCACGCGCUGGCCACGGUCAGGAUGCUGCCCACCUACGUCUGCGGGCUGCCGGACGGCACAGAGAAAGGAAAGUUCCUCGCCCUAGAUCUUGGGGGAACCAACUUCCGUGUCCUCCUGGUGAAGAUCAGAAGUGGACGGAGGUCAGUACGAAUGUACAACAAGAUCUUCGCCAUCCCCCUGGGGAUCAUGCAGGGCACUGGCGAGGAGCUCUUUGACCACAUUGUGCAGUGCAUUGCCGACUUCCUGGACUACAUGGGCCUCAAGGGAGCCCCCCUACCUUUGGGCUUCACGUUCUCAUUUCCCUGCAGGCAGAUGAGCAUUGACAAGGGAGCACUCAUAGGGUGGACCAAAGGCUUCAAGGCCACUGACUGUGAAGGGGAGGACGUGGUGGACAUGCUCAGGGAAGCCAUCAAGAGGAGAAACGAGUUUGACCUGGACAUUGUUGCACUUGUGAAUGAUACAGUGGGGACCAUGAUGACCUGUGGCUAUGAAGAUCCUAAUUGUGAGAUUGGCCUGAUUGCAGGAACAGGCAGCAACCUGUGCUACAUGGAAGACAUGAGGAACAUCGAGGUGGUGGAGGGGGAUGAAGGGAAGAUGUGCAUCAACACAGAGUGGGGAGGAUUUGGAGACAAUGGCUGCAUAGAGGACAUCUGGACCCAAUACGACAUGGAGGUGGACGAGGGCUCCUUGAAUCCUGGCAAGCAGAGAUACGAGAAAAUGACCAGUGGGAUGUACCUGGGGGAGAUCGUACGGCAGAUCCUGAUCGACCUGACCAAGCAGGGUCUCCUCUUCAGAGGGCAGAUUUCAGAGCGUCUCCGGACCAGGGGCAUCUUCGAAACCAAGUUCCUGUCCCAGAUCGAAAGCGAUCGGCUGGCCCUCCUCCAGGUCAGGAGGAUUCUGCAGGAGCUGGGCCUGGACAGCACGUGUGAGGACAGCAUCGUGGUGAAGGAGGUGUGCGGAGCCGUGUCCCGGCGGGCAGCCCAGCUGUGCGGUGCUGGCCUGGCCGCCGUAGUGGAAAAAAGGAGAGAAGACCAGGGGCUGGAACGCCUGAAGAUCACUGUGGGUGUGGAUGGCACCCUGUACAAACUACACCCUCACUUUUCUAGAAUAUUGCAGGAAACUGUGAAGGAACUAGCCCCUCGAUGUGAUGUGACAUUCAUGCUGUCAGAAGAUGGCAGUGGAAAAGGGGCAGCGCUGAUCACUGCUGUGGCGAAGAGGAUACAGCAGGCAUGGAAGGAGAACUAGGAACCCCUGGGAUUGGGCCUGAUGCGUCUGGGAUACUGACCAGGCUUUCCUCUGGCAGAUCAGUUGGACAGACACCAGUGGGCACCGUCCUGGCUGACCUCACCUUCUGGAUGGCCGAUAGAGAACCCCAGGUUCUCGGGUACUCUUAGUGUCUUGUUACUGGAUUUGCAGUGACAUUACAUGACAUCUCUAUUUGGUAUAUUUGGGCCAAAAUGGGCCAACUUGUGAAAUCAAAGUUUCUGUCCUGAGAGCUCCCCUUUCAACACAUUUUUCAGUUGAGGCUUGAGCUGAAAGUUCUCUAUGGCUUUCAGUGCUGUGGAUGCUGUACUUGGAAACAUACAGAAUCUCCCCAUGUGGCUGGCAGGCUGAGUUUCCCCACUGGGUUGCUUAAGCCAUCUCUUGUGGGGGAUCAGGCCCUCUACUUGUGGAUGGACCUUGGAGAGGAAGAGGAACUCAUGUCAUGAACUAGGGGGAUCUCAUCUAACUUGUCCUUAACUUGCCGUGUUGACUUCAAACCUGAUGAGGGAACAAAGACUUUGAAGCAUCCAGCCUCAGGAUGCAGAGAGGUUGAUUACCAGGGAGCCCUGCAGGAAUCUUUGCAUGUUUAAAGUAAGUUAUGUCAGCAUCCUGUAGGGUUUUGUUCCUUAUUAAGUGUGUGCUAUGUGGUGCGGUGCUGUCUGGGGCAUCAGUUUUUCAUUUUGCAUGUGGUUUGUGUUGCUGCUGAUGAUAGUUGUUUUAAGGAUUAUUAGGUAUAUGAAAUCCAGCAAAUUAAUAAAAAAAUUUUGAUUUUCCAAGAUACGCUGCAUGAGAUGCUGAUAUUUCUUCUGGGAGGCUCACUUGGCAAAGCCAUGCUUUGUUGGUGGAAUAAGGGAUUCAGAGUCAGAAGGAGCUUUAGCAUUUUUUUCUAGUCCAAACUUCCUACCAACAAGGGGAAAUAUAUGGAAUAUCUUCUACAAUAUCCUUAACAGAUUAUCCAGAUUUCAUUAGAAUACUUAACAGAUUAUCCAGAUUUCAUUAGAUUAUCCAGAUUUCCCACACGAUCCUACAGCUCUUGCUUUUGAACAGCUGGAGUUGACUGGAAGUCCUUCUGACUUCUGUGUUGGGAUCCUCCCAUACGCCCCAUUGAUCUCCAUUCUACCCUGCAGAACUAUGUGGAAUUGGCCUGUCCCUGACCAUUUCUCUAGUGGAUGUCCUCUCUCUGUCCUCGCUUCCCUGCUUUACCUGAACUGCCUGUGCUUUUCUGUUUUGCCACAUAGUUAUCUGCAUGAGUUUCACAUCUGGCCAGAUAGAUUGUAAACUCUUUGUCAGACACAUUCUUGCAUUGCUCUAGUGAACCUAGCACUCUGCCACUCCUAUCAAAUACUUACUUGAUUGAAAAAAAUAGAACUUUUCAAGAAACUAUCUUCAGAAAAAGAAUAGACUAGGGAUGGUGGCUCACACCUAUAAUCCAGCACUCUGGGAGGCUAAGGCAGGAAGAUUGCUUGAGGCCAGAAGUUCGAGAACAGCUUGGGCAGCAUAACAAGACCCCCAC